UUGGAACCAUGAUUUAGAUGAUUCCUACAUUGUGAGGUUCUCUGUUCCAUCGCCUAUGCUAGUGGAGCGAUUCAAAAUAGAGGUGGGCAAGGACGUUGAACCUCCAAUCAUCUGGGACGGAGCCGAGGUAUUCAUGGAGACAGCCAUCGAUUUCAGCGCACUGUAUAUAAAGACUCAAAAGUCUGGCCUUUAUAGGCUGUUGCCUUCUUUUGCUUUUCAGUUAGAGAAAGUUCCAUUAUUGCACUUCGCGAUUAAAUACAUAAAACCUGAAGGUUACCUUGGUAUCAUGAACUGUCGUCAAAGAAUGGCAUACGCUCUAGCACCGAAUGAUGAUAUGCCUAGCCUGAAAAAGAUGGAAGUAGAAGCAAGCAAGAUUGGUUUCCGCAGCGAGUGGGGCCGAUCGAUCGGGCAAAUCCACCCCGGAGGAUAUACCCCUCCUCCGAUGCACGAGUACCGCGAGUUGGACGACGGUGAUGAUGACCAGCCAGUUAGCUUGGGUGUUGACCCUUCUAUUAUACGACUUCUGUAGCGAUAUUCAGCUUUUGUGGCGUUUUAUGACGGAGUCACAGGAAGUGAUACAUUUUCUUAACAACACAAAGUGGAAAGCUGCUGCACCUUCGUUUAAAACAAUAAUGAUAUUAGAAUCCGAAAUCUGGGACAAAAUUGUCCCAGUGGUUCUGAAACUAAUUAUAUUAUUUUCUGAAUUUGAUUGGGUCUCUGUCGAGACUUAAAUCGCUCCUAAAGACAAGAAAUUCUAAAGAGUUAGUCUAAGGACGCUUCUCGAGCAAGAAGUCUUUCGGGUUUACAAAUAGGACUAACGUCUAAGGUUGCAUUUAAUUUUAUUAAGUGAAGAUAUUUGUAUUUUUCAAGAUACA